AUGGCAUCACCUUUACAGAAAGCUCAAACGCAUGAUGACCGAGUACAUGGAUCUCGCAAAGUGAAAGUCACUAUUUUGGCAUCUGAAUGGGGACCAAGUAACAGGGGACUUUCUACCAUUAACAGAGAAUUAGCCAUUCAGUUAGCCAAGUUCCCUGAAUUGGAAAUAACUUUCUUUUUACCAAAAUGCAGUCAAGAGGACAAAAACAUAGCCCUUGACCACAAAGUAAAGAUCGUAGAGGCAACGCCACUUUCUUGUUUUGAACAGCUUGAUUGGCUUUGCUUUCCACCAGACGAUUUGGAAAUCGACAUAGUUGUUGGUCAUGGAGUUAAACUUGGUAAACAAGCGCAGAUCAUUAAGAAAUAUAAACCGUGCAAAUGGGUUCAAGUGGUACACACAGACCCUGAGGAACGUGGGAUGUUUAAAAGCUGUUCCUGCCCAAUUUCAAAGGGUGAAGAAAAGCACAAGAACGAAGUAGAACUGUGUGAAAUGGCUGAUCAUGUUGUAGGAGUUGGACCCAAGCUGAGCGAGGCCUUUCGCUCAUAUCUUUCUGGUUGUAAGAAAGAUGGUAGUGUCUUUGAACUCACUCCUGGAGUAUUUGAAGAGUUUGAGACUGUAAAGCAAGUCAGCCGAAGCGAUAGGCAACAACGCAGAGUCUUGGUGUUUGGCCGUGGAGCCGUAGAAGAUUUUGAAUUAGAGGGAUUUGACAUCGCUGGGAGAGCGAUUGCUGCAUUACAAGAUACUCGUCUUGUUUUUGUUGGGGCACCGGAUGGAAAACACGAAGAAAUUGCGAAGCGGUUAAUGGAGUAUGGUGUUCCUGCAAGUCGAUUGAACGUAAAAGGAUUUGAUCGAGACCGAGAGAGUUUAAAGCGUUUAUUACAACAAGCGGAUCUUGUAGUCAUGCCUUCAAGAACAGAGGGAUUUGGUUUAACAGGACUCGAGGCAAUGUCGGCUGGUCUCCCUGUGCUUGUCAGUCGCAACUCUGGCUUUGGAGAAGCACUGCGCACUGCAGCUUUUGGUUCAGCAUUUGUGAUUGAGUCAGAGGACCCCACAGUGUGGACCGCAGCCAUUGAAAAGAUCUGGAACAAGGACAGGGAAUGUCGACUUGAGGAAGCGGUGAACUUGCGUGAUUCCUAUGGCAGGAAAUACAACUGGACCAAACAGAUAAAGGAGUUAGUUGACAAGAUGAUCAGCCUGACUCAUGGUGGGAAUGUCAACUAUAUUUUCUUCAGUGGCGCAUUAUAGUGUCGUAGCAUGGGGAGGGAGGGCCCCCAGGCAUGUUUAAUUUGGUCAGCAGCCCGUGACGCCUUCACGCUGCUCUUUGGUUCAAUGUGUUUAUUUCGGUUCGAUAAAGCAUGAAAGUUAUUUGUUUAUGGCUUCAACGGUUAAAAAUUGCUGGAAACUAUAUUUCAAAAUCUUCCGGGGGAGCAUGCCCCAGGACCCCCUAGCAACUCAAGCCUUCGGCACUCGUGAUUGGCCCCCCCCAAAAAAUCUAACCUUGCUACGGCACUGCAUUAUCAGGUAACAAUAGAGAGAGAAAUGAAAGAAACAAAAAUAGGAUCGCUUACAACGAAGUUUUGCCCUGAAGUCUUGAUAAAAAUGUUCGCGGAUACCUAUCUGAACCUUACGCUGAAAACAUCAAAACUGUAAUCUUUGUAAUUUCUUCAGGUACAUUGGUUGCAGCGGAAUGGUCUUUGGAGUAUGGUGUUUAAUCCCCGCCAAAAAUCAACUUUGGUACUCAACAUUCAACUUGGCGAAAUCGUGACCUCGUUUCGCGGACAGCGUAAAGUUUUCGCCAAAAUGUACUCAUCGCGUCUGAGACGAGUUCAAUAUCUUUUCAACAUCUGAGUACAAAAAAAGAUGACCAGAUUUAUAUGUAACGCCGAGCACUGAUUACUGAAAUUGGAAAGUUGAAAGUUGGGUGCUGCAACUUAAUGUUAGCCGCUCAAGUUGAAUGUUGAGUACUACGAAGAGCGGUCGUCAUACCCUUCGGUCAUAGUCUUCAUCUGCAGCACUUCACAUAUGUGAUUAUAGUUAUACACAUAUAAUCCCUGCCAUAGCAUGUUUUCUCCAUUUUGUUGCAAUAGAAGAUUCUCCAAAGGCCCGGAGCUCCUUCGAAACAAAGUGCAACGCGAGGAUGGAAAGCAUGACUGACGACCAUGAAGGUACCUUCGUAGACAGCACGCGUAGAAAUCAUUUCUGUCUAUUUUUAACCAAGUGUGAGAAGCGCGGGAGGCGCGCGAGAGCGAGCAAAAAAUAGAGACAGAGAGAGAGAGAGAGAAAACGCCGGCCGCUGAGCUUCCAUCCUAGGAAUACACAACCUAAUAUAAUCUCAACUGAAUAAGUGCCUGAAGUCCAAUUAUGUUGUUUGCAAAGCAAAAUUAGGUAGAAUCGAGUUACUUUAAAGUUGCAAACACUUUUCAGGCAAUAGGUCUGGGUUUUGCCUGAUACUGUAUUUCAAUGUCACAUAGUAGCCUGUCAUCACUCUACAAUGCCCCUUAGAGCACGUGCGAAGAAUAUGAGGAUGAUUAUACCUAGAAAAGUGCUUUUAGUCUACCAAAUGAGCUCGCUGACAAAGAACAUACAUGUACGAGAGAAUCGUGAGAGACAUUUCAGUGAUCUUUAACGAAUUUAGAGUUGCUCUUUUGUGAUUUUUGUGCCAUUAUUAUUCCCAACAAAUGUCCGCCCCAGGGAGGAAUGGGCACACCUACUGGAAUUGACUGAGCCUUAAGUUUCAAAGAAAUUUUAAUUGUAACCAAAGCUUGUUUUUGCAGAGCCUUCUAUAGAAAUUGAAAACAACCAAAGAACAAACUCUUAUCACGAGGAGCAGCUUGUUUCAGAAACGACCCUUCCGCGUAGUUGUGACGGUGUAAUGAAAGCUGAUGCUGCAUCAGGCAAUCAAACUAAAAUAUCCACGAAUACAGACUCUCCGACUCAAAAUAGCCGUAAGCGUAAAAUGUCAAAACUCUCUUGUAAUCCAGGUAUACAAAAACAUGACUUGUUUUCUUGCUAUUGCUCAUCGGUACUCUAUUAUUUUAAAGGGGGGAAGUGAUUGUUAGAUUAUUCAAAGGUACUUUUUCCUACAGGACUUGUUACCGUUUAUGCUCGUACUAUAGAAGUGUAUUGUUGAUGAUAGUAAAACUUAUAGUGCCGAUAUCAAUAGUCGCUUGAUAAUUAAAAUAUAUCAAACAUUAAAAUUAUAAAAAUUACUUUGGGUAAAAAUUACUUUGGAUACUUUAACUGUCCAAACUGAAUAAAACCUACCAAAAACGAGUAAUGAAAUUGCAUCUUAUUACAUACAUUGUAGGGGCUUUCUGGAAUGAAAUGUUUUGAGUACCUUCUUAAAAAAUGACCACUGAGGGGCUUCUCCAGAUCGCGAAAAAAAAACAAAUGCCAAAGUUUGGGAGCAGCAACAGCAAAAGAGCGAUCUCCUAAUGUGGUUUAAGUCCUGUCUCCAUUAUCCCAUUUUAAAUAUCUUAGUGACAAAUAUUUUCAAAAAUAUGUGCGAACAGGUUUUGUAAUUUUGCAAAUUGUAUCUUUCACCGAAUUGCUAUAAACGUUAACAUUCUAUUGACAUUCAAGUAUGCAGCUAAUAAAUUAUGAAUCUGUGAUAACGCCCUUACUAAGUUACCUUGUGGAGGCUCUUUGUGGAUGCCUCUUUGGCUAUAGGUGAGGCGCCUGAGGAGACAUUCCAUAAUGAUAAGUACCUUGACGAGAGCCGUCUCUUAAAUUCAGGUACUUCAAGCGAGGAGAGCGGAACCCUUUCUUACAGAAGCAUAUGUCCUCCAAGAUAACUAGUCAUGAAGGUUCAUCUUCCCUGAGGAAGGAACCUCUCACGUAACAGUAAAAAUUAUAUUAACAACGUAAAUUUGUGUAAGUAGGUAAAUAAAUAAGUGUUAAGUUAUUGUGCAUGCUGAAUGUUUGCUAUAGUUUUAAAAACAUUUAACUUCCCUCUUAUUGAUUUUCAGACUCUGUUGUUAUUACUGCCUUGAUCGAAGUUCUAAUUUCUUCGAAUACCCAAGAUUUAACUGCUGCACAACAAAGAAUAUUAAAAGAGGAAUUAGAACAGUUGGUUCAUAAGUAUCGAAGACACCAAGAUCUUUCGUCAUUGCCAGUUGAUAGUAGUGUAGCCCGCCUUACUGAGUAUAUCGAAAAGGCUUAUGAAGUGGCCGUAAUGAUGGUAAAAUCAGGAUCUUUGAUAAUAACUGUGCAGUGCCUCACUCUGGAGAGUCUUGAAAGUCUGUGGAAUGGUUACUGUUCUGGUCACCUUAAUGACAUCGUUGAAAGGUUCCUAGUGACUGAUGAACUCAAGAGAAGGCUCGGGAUGGACAAUGUCAGAUUGAAGACAACUAUAGAAGAAGAAAACUACUUGAUUUGUAAGAAAGCUUUCAUGGAAAACUCAGGUGAGUGGAGCAGUCUCAGUAGAGCUUUUUUUGGGAACAUGUAUUUUGGCUUAAUAAGUUUUAUGGAACAAUUUUUAUUUCUGUAUCAAAUAUCAGUAAUGAGCAAAUAAAAUGGAUAGUAACUGGUGAAAUUUUUGUUUUUCGAAACAUUUAAUUAAAAGUGAAAGAGCAUUUAGUGCAAAAAUCCAGCUAAAUCAGGUUGCCAUCUUGGCUGUGUACAAUGACAACUGUUGUAAGUGCAGAGGUAAUUUCAGCGGAAUGGUCUGUGGAGAGGGGUCGUCAUACCUUUCGGUCAUAGUCUUUAUUUGCAGCACAUCACAUAUUUGAUUAUAGAUAUACAAGCAUAAUCCCCGCAAUAGCAUGUUUUCUCCAUUUUCUUGCAACAGAAGAUUCUCGAGAGGCCCGGAGCUCCUUAGAAUCAAAGUACAACGCUUCUCGGCGGAUGGAAAGCAUAACUGACCAUGAAGGUAUCUCCUUAGGUAGGACGAGUAGAAAUCAUUUCUGUCUUUAGUAAAAUCCAACUAGUGGUCUAUUAUCAAUGCUGCGUUCUGAUUGGUUGAGCUACUACUAGGCUAUAUGUUAUAGCCCACUAGUAGCGAAAAGCGCCGGAUUUUUGGCGGCAAAAAGGAUUAAAGUCUUGCUUUAAGUUGUUUUGUCGCGAUAUUUUUGACCAACUAGUUGGAUUUUACUGAAACAAUUAUUCCUCUCGCCCUCAUGGCCUCUGAGUCAAUAGCCCGCUAUUGACUCAGAGCCCAUUCGGGCUCGAGGAAUAAUUGUUAAAUAGUUUAACCAAGUGGAAAAGCGCGGGAGGGGCGCGAGAGCGAUCAAAAAAUAGGAACGGGGAAAGAAAUAAAACGCCGAAGGCUUAGCUUCUAUCCCAGGAGUACAAGCUAAUACGUAACCUAAUAUACGAUGCCCAACAAAUGUUCAUCCCUGUGAGGAAUGACGUGGAAUUGACUAAGCCUUAAGUUUCAACGAGAUUAUUAUUGUAAUCAAUUAUAAAGCUUGUUUUCGUAGAGCCUUCUAUGGAAAUUGAAAACGACCGCAGAAGUUCGUGUGCUUGGCAUACGGUGUUUAUUCCUUCCUCUGAAGGAAUAUUUGUGUAAAAACUAGUAACAUCCAUUGAAACUAGGAUCGCGUUCUCAGGAACUUUCCUCUCCUCUAUAACGUUAAUAAAUUGUGUGGUAUCUUUGAGAUCCUUUGAGGUAGGAUUUUUGUGCUUUAACGAUCGGCUGAAGACUGUGGUCUAAGAAUGAUGAUAUUCGCUCUGUUGGGCGGCGUCGCAGCCCGAAUUUAUAGGUCUUCCAGUUAGAGUUGGUUUGUGAUUGUGAAACUUGGUUAGUGUGUAGAAAAGUGGUAUGCGCGGUAGGCAAGGUGUUUGUGAAAGCCAUUUCUUGGUCAUUGUGUCAAUAUGACCUCCUUGAUGAACCUGGCCCUCUUGUAUUUUAUCAUUUUUGUUCAUUAUGACAGUUGUGGUGCCCUUGUCUGCCCUUUUUUAUUAUUAUUUCUGUGUUAGAUCUGAGUUCUUUAAGUGCUAUACGUUCUCUGAAAGGCAGGUUAUUUCGUGGCAGUGGCCUUUGCGAACAUUUUUAUGUCCAGAAUUGAAACAGAAAUUAUCAGUAAAAGCAAGACUAAACCCCUCGAGUGGAAAAAAUGCAUUGACGAUGUUUUCUCGCUGUGGCAAAAAGGAAGGGAGACGAUAAAUCAGUUUGUUUUAGAAGCAAACAGACAUCAUCCUAAGAUAAAAUUUACGGCUGAAAUUUCAGAGAAGGAAAUACUUUUCCUAGACACCACUAUCUUUAAGGGCGAGAGAUUUUACGAAGACCCUAUCCUUGACAUCCGUACACAUUUUAAACCGACACAGACAUUUCAAUACACGCAUUUCACUUCCUGGCACGCUCCGGGCGUGAAAAAAGGAUUUAGUAAAGGCAAAGCACUGGUUUAGACUUCUGAGAACCAACUCUUCAAAAAAAUUAUUUGAAGAAAGCGUUAACAACUUCAAGUCACACUUGCGUGUCCGAGGAUAUCCAGAUAAUAUGGUAAUUAACGUCCUCGCAGAAGUUAAAUUUACGGAUAGAGAGUCGGAACUUCAGCAAAAACUACAAGGAGAAAAGAACACUCUAAGGCCUUUGUUACACAGUACAACCCAUCAGUGCCUAGUCUUAAAAAGGUUCUAAUUAAUGGACAAGUCUAAUUUAAUUGAAAAUCACCCAUUGCUGAGUACAAUAUACAGAGAACCACCUCUCAUCUCCUACAGAAGAGGGAAGUCUCUAAAGGACAUACUUGUUAGAGCUAAACUUUGAAGGUCAAAAUACUAUCACAUCGCGAUACAGCGUAGCCUGCGAAAGCAUCCGUUUCUCCUCGCUCUUCGCCGCUGGGGACGUUUCCCGAGGAGGAAAACGGGAAACGUCCCCAGCGGCGAAGAGCGAGGAGAAACGGAUGCUUUCGCAGGCUACUCAGUAUUUCACAAGAUAAAAAAAGUGAAUGAAUUAUCGUUCAAAACGUAAAUAUAUAAUCAACGCCUGAACGUUUACUUUAAAUUAACCCUAAAAUCUAGUUUUUGUUUCCACACCAAAGAUAGGAAAACAAAAUGUCUACACAUUCAGUUCAUUGUCUUUUUUAUCAUUUAUUUUUAGAUCCUUGUUACUGAACAUUUCCUCUUUCUCAUUCACACUGAGCUAUUUACUUCUUAUUGAAUUCAUGUUACCAUUGCAUUACUUCAUUCACGCACGUCUUCUUUACAGUUGACCUGGCAACACUUAGCUUUGUUUUUCAGUCACAAGAAAGUUUAAAGGAUCAGUGUAACUUUUUCAUACCAACCCAAACUGUAAUUUAAUUCAUUUUUAUAAAAUAAAAUUUUGAGGAUGACGUUAUAAAGAUAUUCAUAUUUCCAUGAGUUCUGUGAUUCUGCCCUUGUAUAAUAGUUUAGUAUCGGCCAACGUCACAGAUAAAGUUAAAGUUGGAAAAAAUUCCUUGGAAAGGGAAUGCGCUUCCAAAGUAGCGUUUUUAUUGCUACUAGGGGACAAGUAGUAGCAUUCUAAAGCAAAUUGCAGGAUGAUAGUUAGAUGAUACUGUCACAGCAGAUAUUUCAAUGUUAUCUUUAGAACGGAACUCAGUUUCACCAGAGCGUUAUUGUAGCAAUUCUGCACUGCUCAGCAAAUCUACUCCGCAGCUGAAAUAUGUGUAUUAUUUAAAUGUAAAAUAGCAGGCAGUGACAUGUGCACAAAUAUUGGAACAUCUGACAUAUAAUUUCAAUAGAACACGUGUACUUCUACACGUGUCUCUUUGUUAGACAAGAACUAUUUUACAUUUCAAAGGAACAACUGUUGUGCUCUAUUCAUUCAGCUUGAUUUACGACAUGUGUGUUUCUAAAAGUCCAGGAACCGAAAUAGGAAGUAUUGUAUUUUCACCAUAAAGGAAAAUUCUUUUAACCAAUCGAAUUGUAACGCGUUGAUCAGCUAGCACGAGUAUUUUUGAAUAGGUUUUUGUGUUCCUUUGUGAUAAUCGAACACCUGUGUUUACUGUAGACUGUAUAAAAGUAGUGCUUAAACUGUUGUAAAUUGAUUACCUAGCCUGCGAUUUCCUGCGAUGAUUGCCCGCGAUUACAUGUGAAGUACUAUCUACGAGGUUUACUGUACAAUAAAGAAGUUGCAGCAUUACAGAAAAGUCUCAGUUCUUGUUCCAACCUUCGUACCUUGGGACGUGGAAAUUAGACCCUGUACCUCUGGCAGUAGUAACGAGUUCCAGGAACGAGCCAGUCGCUCUACCGAAUUGCAGUUUCCCCUGUCAAUAACUUCUAUUAGCAGAUCACUAUUUGCUAAUUCUCGCGCCCUCGCGAAGAGCUUUCGUUGUUUUCCUGUCAAAUUAGUUUGACAGGCCGAAAAGCCGCCUGACGCGGUGAAAUUUCCUCUCUUUACAAUACUGACAAUAAAUAACUUCAUGUAAAUCCCGAGGGGUACCGUCCCUUGUAUAAGCCAAAUAGUUCAAUUUUGGUAUGUGUCGCUCCAAAGGAUAUGGUUUCUUUUUGCCCACUUUGGUCUAGAAUCGAGUAUGGUUUUCGUUGGAGUUACAGGAGUGCAUGAACGUAAUUAUCAUUUCAACUCCAAAUCAGUAAGAAAGAAAGAGAAAUAUGCGAAUUCGAAAUGGAUUUGAAGAAUUUCUUUUGUUUGCACUCUAAUUUAAGAGAUGAUGACAUAAUUUCUGCCUAAAGAUCAGGUCUGAAAACGGGUAUGGAUUUGGUCUGGUCUGGUGUGAAAACGUGUUUUCUAAGUGUCGAAACAGCAUCGACUCUACUUUAUGCUCAAGAAACCACAACCGGUCAUCUGCAAAACCACUCUUGUUUACCUGAUCGCUUGGUUAUUCGAAUUAAGAUAGAAUACUUUCAAACGAUUAGAAAGACGGAGGGAUGUUUCAGACUCUCGAAAAAUAAAAAAAAAAUACUUAAUUGAUUUCGUUUUUAACUAAAAUGACCGUCUGGCCGGCCACUGUCCGACUUUGGCAAGCGCCCUUAGUGUUCAUCGCUCUUCGACAUGGAUUAGCUUUCUUUGGAUAGUUAAAAAGGGUGUUCUAGAUGGAAAAAGAAAAUGAACUCUCACUGGAGAGAAUGAAAAGGAAGCUCACACUGAUCGGGAAUGACUUCAGCAGAUUUUCAAAUUGUAUGACAUGGAUCUUAAGUUGAGCUGAGCUUCUUGAUCAACUACAACGUUGCGGCAACGGAAACAUCUUUCAUGAAUCUGCGCUGCUGGGGAAUUAUGGCAUAUGUUCUUAUUUGUUUUGUCGUUUGUUCUAUUUUUAUGUUGUUGCGCGGAAGCACCUCAAGUAAGCAAAGCAUCUCGAGCCUGAGGCGGGGUACUUUAGGAAUUUUGGGGUGGGAAUGUGUCGCUUGGACCCUAAAACCCUUGGCCUAUACCAGAGCUAGUUCAGCUGAUUUUUGCUAUCCUAUACUAGACUAAACUCUCCAAAUCCCCCCUAUCCUAGAAUAGCCUUUGGGCUGAGUUGCCUGUAAAUUUAAACUUGCCGAUUUGAUUUUUUAGGUAUUUUUGAGUGGCAAUUCCCGGUUUCCCUAGCCUAGACUAACUGAUGAGUUUCCUGGAAAAAUGAUACCCUAUUCUAGACCGAAACUCUCUGAUUUAUAUACACUCUAUGCCAAAGUAAACUCUAUAAACCAUACCCUUCACAAAGCAUCUCAAGCAAGCAAAGCAUCUCAAGUAAGCAAAGCAUCUCAAGUAAGCAAAGUAUCUCAAGUAAGCAAAGCAUCUCAAGUAAGCAUAGCAUCUCAAGUAAGCAAAGCACCUUAAGCAAGCAAAGCAUCUCAAGCAAGCAAAGCAUCUCAAGUAAGCAAAGUAUAUCAAGUAAGCAAAGUAUCUCAUGUAAGCAAAGUAUCUCAAGUAAGCAAAGCACCUCAAGUAAGCAAAGAAUCCCAAGUAAGAAAAGUAUCUCAAGUAAGCAAAGUAUCUCAAGUAAGCAAAGUAUCCCAAGUAAGCAAAGCACCUCAAGUAAGCAAAGUAUCCCAAGUAAACAAAGCACCUCAAGUAAGCAAAGUAUCCCAAGUAAGCAAAGUAUCUCAAGUAAGCAAAGCACCUCAAGUAAGCAAAGCAUCCCAAGUAAGCAAAGUAUCGUAAGUAGGCAAAGCACCUCAAGUAAGCAAAGCAUCCCAAGUAAGUAUUAAGCAUCGCAAGUAAGCAAAGCAUCUCAUGUAAGCAAAGCAACUCAAGCAAGCAAAGCAUAUCCCAAGUAGGCAAAACACCUCAAGUAUGCCAAGUAAGAAAAGCAUCUCAAGUACGCAAAGCAUUGCAAGUAAUUAAGCAAAACACCUCAAGUAAGCAAAGUAUCGCAAGUAAGCAAAGCACCUCAAGUAAGCAAAGCAUCCCAAGUGAGUAUUAAGCAUCGCAAGUAAGCAAAGCAUCUCAAGUAAGCAAAGCAUCUCAUGUAAGCAAAGCAACUCAAGCAAGCAAAGCAUAUCCCAAGUAAGCAAAACACCUCAAGUAAGCAAAAGCAUGCCAAGUAAGAAAAGCAUCUCAAGUACGCUAAGCGUUGCAAGUAAUUAAGCAAAGCACCUCAGGUAAGCAAAGUGUCGCAAGCAAGCAAAGCACCUCUAGUGAGUAAAGCAUCCCAAGCAGGCAGCAUGCAAAGCACCUCAAGGAAGUAAACUGAUAUCGCAAGUAAGCAAUGCAUUGCAAGUAAGGAAAGCACCUCAAGUAAGCAAAGUAUCGCAAGUAAGCAAAGCACCCCAAGUAAGUAAAGCAUCGCAAUUAAGCAAAGCAUUGCAAGUAAGCAGAGUACCUCAAGUAAGCAAAGCAUCUCAAGGAAGCAAAGCACCUCAAGUAAGCAAAGCAUUGCAAGUAACCAAAGUAUAUCAAGUAAGCAAAGCACCUCAAGGAGGCAAAGAAUCCCAAGUAAGCAAAGCAUCUCAAGGAGGCAUAGAAUCCCAAGUAAGCAAAGCAUUGCAAGUAAGCAAAGCACCUCAAGUAAGCAAAGUAUCGCAAGCAAGCAAAGCAUCCCAAGUAUAGCUCGUGUAAGCAGAGUACCCAGGCAGUUUGUACGGACAACUAUAUGAUGGCUUGACAUGAAGUACUUACCCGGAUCACUACAGAAGAAAAAAAAAACACCCUUUCAUCGCCAUGUUGAAAAUUGCGCGUAAACUGGGAACGGACGGAAGUUUGUACAUGCGCAUCGAGGACAAUCGAUGGUCGUUCGGCGUCGGAAAGAGAAUUUCAUUUUUUUGUUUCAAAGUGUUUUAGCUUCGAAUUUUAGACAGAUUUUGCCUUGAUUUCGUUCAUAGAUACAGGAGUUUUAACUCCUGAUAUUGCGGCUUGAAUAACGUCAAAAUUGGACUCAAUUUCUGCUGUGUUUCGUCUCUUAUUCGCUGUUUAGCGAACAUGGCGUCAAAUUCUCCAGGUAAGACAGGUAGCCCAAGCUCGAAAUAUGAGCAUCGGCGAGCGUCGGCAUUGUUGCGUAACAUUCAAAAUAUAAGGAUUUGUAUGGGAAAAAAACCUAUCGUUUCUGUAACCUGCGAAAAUGAAAGGAUUUCAAUAAAAAACAGCUUACCUUACUUAAAAUGUGUGUUGCGUCUCUCCUGUGUGGUCCACGGGCCGAUUUAUGGCCGUUUUGUGGGUUUUUAUGUAAACGGUUUUCUCUCUAUAUAAAGGUUUACCAAGGUCGGGCACUCCAGCGAAGCGGCUCGACUGAUCCACCGAAGGAAAACGGCCGUAAAUUCGCUCCAAUUGCUCCAAUCGCCUCCAAAUUCCGCCUAACGGGAGCAAGAGACUCUCUCCCACCCCGAGUGUGAGUAAUUUGAGUCUCAGGCCGUGUCGCUAUCUUUCAACCGUAACGCGGAGGUCAAGCCGAGGUCAGACGGGAAAGGUUGCAGAGAUUUGCGACCUUUGAUUCGCUCUCGGUGCAAAGGCAUCUUAAAGCAAGAUAACGAAUGGAAAGGAUAACUAUCGUGUGUUACCUAGGCGGAAUUUGGAGGCGCUUAGAGCAGUUGGAGCGAAAUUACGGCCGUUUUCCUUCGGUGGAUCAGUCGAGCCGCUUCGCUGGAGUGCCCAACCUUGAUAAACCUUUAUAUCAGUUGUUUAUAUAGAGAGAAAACCGUUUACACAAAAACCCACAAAACGGCCAUAAAUCGGCCUGUGGACCACACAGGAGAGACGUAACACACAUUUUAAGUAAGGUAAGCUGUUUUUUAUUGAAAUCCUGUCAUUUUCGUAGGUUACAGAAACGAUUGUUUUUGUUUCCCAUACAAAUCCUUAUAUUUUGAAUGUUACGCAACAAUGCUGAGGCUCGCCGAUGCUCAUAUUUCGAGCUUGGGCUACCUGUGCAGGUAAGAAAAAAUAUUUUAGCUUGGCUCUUUCUGUGAAAAUAAAAUUAAGGGCUUCCAGACUUUCCUUAGACCCUGUUGAUAUAAGAGAAUUCGACACAUUCACUUUGCUCUUUGAUGUUAAUCCGUAAAAAGUUAUGUCAUGUAGUUAAGCUUAAGAUCUUGUUUUUGAAAAGAUGGCUCUGGGGAUAACUGAAACAUUGUUGCAUUGUUUAGGUAACUUUGAUAAGCAUGUAAUCGAUCAUGAAAUGGUAACUUUUCGCUAUUGUCUUUUAUUCUAGGUGGUAGACUUUCGAGAGAGAAGCUCAAGCUAGAUUUUCAGGGAGGAUUAGGACGCAAAAAAUUGAACCUUGCAGCGUUGAAAACCAAGCAACCAACACCACGUCAAUCAAAUAUGUAGGUUGAUAGAAAGGCCAUAGAUAAAGUGGGUCAAAGUGAUAACUUGAUUUUUAUACUUAAUGUUUUCUAUUGUUCCUUACAGUUCUCCAUUUAAGGUUGUUAGAGUGUGUGAUUACGCCAUAUUCACACCAUCCGGUACAUUUCCCUAAGAAUACUAUGAUUUUAUUAUAUAGACACGAGUGUUUUACUGGAAAUUAUACCACACGUAAAAUUCAUAAAAACUACAUCCGGGACCCGAGUGGUUUAUUUUCCAUAAUCUCACACGUGAGUUUAUCGAUGACAUAAUUUCGGUAAUUUCCCUUCGAAAUUUGUAGGCGUCUUGCGUCUUUUGAAUUUUGCUUGCACAUUUUUCAAAGCGUUGCUUAUAUUUUGUCAUUGUAGAGCCCUGUUCAGCUCAGUGUUAUUUCUCAAGACAGUAACCAAUGUCAUAUUGCUGUACUGUAAAUUUGAGCCGUCGCAGUUACUUUUUGGCGUAUAAAAAUCUAUUAUUUUGUCGAUGUCUUUUUGUCUAUAUAAUAAAAAGAACAUUACACGGCGGCUUGAAGAUAUGAAUUUUAUUUUCUCGUGGCAAAAACAAUAUUUUACUCACUCGCUGCGCUCGUUCGUGAAAUACUGUUUUGCCACUCGAAAAUAAAAUUCAUAUCUUCGCGCCACCGUGUAAUAUCCUCUAUAUACAUCGCAUGUAUUUCCUUAUUGAAACAGUGGCAAAUGAGACCAUGUUAAUGUAAAUUCUGGCAGCUGUUAUGGCCUUGAAACAGUGACCUUAAGACAGGUGAAAUGGUAACAAACAAGACAGCAACAAAGACAAGCACAAAUACAAAACAAAUACAUGUGUUGGCAUAAAUUUGACUUACUGAUUCAAUUUUCAAUUAACAAAUUCCUCAUUUUCUGAGUGAGGGCCCGAGUAGAUGACAAAUAGCCUGACAGCAUUUGCUCAUUUAAUAGUCUUUCAAACUAAUCACGCAGCCAGGUCAACCACAUGCUGGUAGACCAGAUAGACCACCAAACUGGGGAUUACGUCCCAAACUCUUUACAAUUUAACGGUGGGUUGGUUGUUUAACAUCGCACAGAUUUUAAAAGUGUAUUUUGAAGCAAGGUACAUUUGCAAAGUGGCUAAUAAUGAAUAGAGAAGAAGUUGGUGAUAAUCUACUCCUUUUGCAAUUUUUCAGGGAAAGAUUAAGAACCCAUAAAGCAGUAGGAAAACUGUCUUUUGGUCCUGACAAGGUAAAAGAUUAUAAUUAUUGUAUUUUGUUUUCAUAUUUUUUGUACAUAUUGUACUAAUGACUUACGCAAAACUAUAUGUGCAUGUAUGUAACAUUGAUACUUGAUAAAAUGUCCUUCAAAAAUUAAUGGUAGUUGUUUUACAUUAUUUUAAAUGCUGUAUUACAAUAUUGUGGUUAUUAUGAUAAUUAUUUUAUCUUUCAAGUUCAAGCUAAGUUUACAUUAUAUACACCUUUUGCUGUUCAUUACGAGGAAAUACGCAUUCAUUUGCGCAAAACGGCGAUCAACAGCGCGAAGAUACAUUCAUUAGUACGUUGGCCCGUAAGUGACAUUCUAAGCAAAGUAAAAAAAGUGCAUUAAAACAAAGAUUUUUGUUUUGGAUCCAAAGUUUUUAUCCAGCCAACAUGGAUUUCAUUAUUCGGCAAUGCUGUUUUAUUACUCUGGAUCUAAAGUUAUUACUCUGGAUCCAAAAUUCUUACUGAAGGAUCCAAAGUUAUUAUUCUAGGUCCAAAGUUCUUACUCUGAAUCCAAAGUUUUUACUCUGGAUCUAAAGUUUUUACUCUGGAUCCAAAGUUAUUAUUCCGGAUCCAAAGUUGUUACUCUGGAUCCAACGUUUUUACUCUUGAUUCGAAGUUAUUAUUUCGGAUCCAAAGUUGUUACUACGGAUCCAAAGUAAUUAUUCCGGAUCCAAAGUUAUUACUCCGGAUCCAAAGUUUUUUCUCUGGAUCCAAAGAUAUUAUUCCGGAUAACAUAACAUAAACAUAACAUAAUCUUUAUUUAACGUGGGAGAAACACUUAGCUAAAGCUAUUUUGCAGGUUUUCCACAAAUCAAUAUUAAGAAAGAAAGAAAGAAAUAUGUACAUAGAAAUGUAAAAAUAUAAAAUAUCUAGCAUCUAAAAUUACAAAAUUAGAUAACUAAAAUUGAAUGUUCCUCACUUGUUUGUUAAAUUCUAGACCUCCAGCUCUUAAACGCAGUUCAUUUGGAAUACUGUUCCAUUGUUUUGCGGCGAAAUAUCUGAAGGAGUUUAAUCCAUACUUUGUAGUAUUUACUUUUGGCAGUGAUAGCGUAUUAUUGCCCCUUAAAUCGUACUUGUUGUUUCUCAUUUUAACGAGUUCCUUAAUGCAUGUGGGGGCGGUGCCUUGAAAACAGGCGAUCCAAAGUUCUUACUCUGGAUCCAAGGUUUUUACGUCAUAUUCAAAGAUCCAAUCUAAUUUGAUAUUCCGAAACUGAAGUUUGAACACUUGACAUCCAGUUCACCACAUGGCAGCGGCUCAAGGUGAAGAAGUCAAGGAGGUAACUUUUCCUUCCUUUUCAAUUUGGUCCCUUAAUUAAUUUGAUAGACAUCUUAACUAGUUACGUUACGUAAGUAUUUGAAAGAACGUGCUCAGAACGUGCUUUUCUGAUCAGUUCGUAAAACAUCAGUUUCCAGAUCUGAUCAGAACAACACGUUCUGAGUUUUCUCAGCAUAGAAGCUGGUCAGUUUCCAUAGAAAAUGGCUUCCAAAUAUUUACGCCACUAGUGGUGUCUAUCAAAUUAAUUAUAUUAAGGCCGGACCAAAAGGAAGGAAAACGCAAACGUUACUUCGUCUACUUCUUCACCUUGAGCCACCGCCAUGGAUUGGUAGAAAACGAAGACCCCCCUCAAAAUCACUUAUAAAUAGCUACAAACGGGCAUCUCGACCUUAUUUAGAUAUGUAAGAAACAACAAGAUCUUCAUUAUCAAAGGGUCUUCUUUUUCUACACAACCCCGCCAAAACGUAAGUUUCCAUAGAAAAAUUUUUUUUUUCUUCUACACAACCCCGCCAAAUAUAGAAAACGAAGAUCCCCCUCAAAAUCACUUGGAAACGGCUCGAAACUGUUUAUAACGACUUCUGGAUACUAGAGGAGUGUAUAAACAAACAACACGAUUUUUUUAUUACGGAUAGUUUGCUUUGUCCCAGGGGAAAGAAAGGUCUUACAUCUUCUCCACAUUAGGGAGUUUAAGAUACGGCGACUACGGACUACGACUACGGUUAAACAUGCUACUGCGCAUGAUCAAAACCAUGUGACUGUUCAUUUUUCCCGCGUAGUCCUGCGGCUACGGUGAGUUGUUGAGCUGUUUCGCGUAGUCGCGACUACGGAGAACAUUUUGCUCGCAUUUUGCUAACCUGAGAUCAGGCGUUUUUUUUUUCUUUGCUUCUUUGUUUCUUUGGCUCGAGAGGGGAAAAAGAUAACGCCCUCUUCCCGUGAGAGACUUCAAGGGAUAAUAGGGAGAGGGCAUGAUCUCAGGCUAGAAUUUUGCCGUCUCGGUAAUUCAAGAACCUCGUCUUUUCGUAAAAAAGUUUUUAAUUCACCUGCUUUAAGUGAGAGGGAAGCGAAAUAUGUAAGUUGUGUCUAAUUUCUGCUCAGAUUUACGCUUUUAAUCCACUGUUGUGACUACAUUUUUACUAGCUAAGCUCAUAUUUAAAUAAGUUUAGCUAUUUAUACGCAGAAUUCAGAUUGACGGCCGAGGAGAAGAGAAAUCAUGCAGGUAAUUUACUUUCUCUUCGCACUUGAAAAGUUUCAAUGUUUGUUCGAACUGAUUAGUGUGUCUUUCUACUUGUGUAACCUUUGUUUAUGCGAGUUUUUGUAUCGCAUUUGCUGAAUGAAAAUGAUGUAAACAUCUUCGAGACAAUCGAAACUCGGCAUUUCAAUACUUCAAACUACAUCAGAUCAGUUUUCGGAGAAGUCCAUCUUCUAAAUCUAAUAAAUGAGCUAUUACUAUUUCUGUCCAAUUCUUUAAUAUUUGACAUAAGAAUUCAUGGGCGAAAAAAAAUAAAACCUGUGUAACCAAAACUUUGUUUACCAAUUUCACCCGACGCAAUUGCUUCCUUCAAGUAUGAAGGAAUUUGUUCAUUGUUCUAAAGACAAGAUCAUAGGCAAAACUGACUUGCAUUUUUGUGAACUGUGAUGAAAACAAGAAAAUCUUUUCGUGUUGUUUCCCUCUCCGCCUCUUCUCUCGUAGUCCACUGUCUGUACUGCAAUCUUAACGUUCUAUAUUUGCACGACUCAACCCAGUGCUACAAACAAAGGACAACGCUCGUCCAGCCGUAGUUCGUAGUCCGAAGUCUCCGUAUCUUAAACUCCCUAUUGAAUCCCCUUACUACGGACACUUUCUAUUGUCCCAGCUAAGUGUCCGUAUGACUGUACCAUGCUAAUUGUACCUCAGUAACUGAUAAUCGUGUUGUUUCUUACACUAAGUUCUCUAGUGUCUAGAAGUGGUUAUAAGUAGUUCCGCUCCGUUUCCAAAUGAUUUUGAGGGGGGUCUUCGUUUUCUUCAUUUGGCGAGGUUAAGUAGAAAACGAAGGUCUUCGUUUUCUACCCACCCCGCUGCCAUGUUGAAUGGUGAACUGGAUGUCACGUGUUCAUACUCCAGUAUCGGGAUAUUAAAUUGGAUUCGAUCUUAAUUUGUCGCCGGAGUAAUAACUUUGGAUCCGGAGUAAUACCUUUGGAUCCAGAGUAAAAACUUUGGAUCGGGAGUAAUAACUUUGGAUCCAGAGUAAAAACUUUGGAUCCCGAGUAAUAACUUUGGAUCCAAGGAAAAACUUUGGAUCGGGAGUAAUAACUUUGGAUCCAGAGUAAAAGCUUUGGAUCCGGAAUAGUAACUUUACAUCCGGAGUAAUAACUUUGGACCCAGAGUAAAAACUUUGUAUCCGGAGUAAUAACUUUGGGUCCGGAGUAAUAACUUUGGAUCCAGAGUGAUAACUUUGGAUCCAGAGUGAUAACUUUGGAUCCGGAAUAGCAACUUUGGAUCCGGAGUUAUAAGUUUACAUGCGGGGUAAUAACUUUCGAUCCAGAGUAAAAACUUUGGAUUCGGAGUAAUAACUUUGGAUCCGGAGUAAUAACUUUGGAUCCAGAGUGAUAACUUUGGAUCCGGAAUAGCAACUUCGGAUCCGGAAUAGUAACUUUACAUCCGGAGUAAUAACUUUGGACCCAGAGUAAAAGCUUUCGAUCCGGAGUAAUAACUUUGGAUCCGGAGUAAUAACUUUGGAUCCGGAGUAAUAACUUUGGAUCCAGAGUGAUAACUUUGGAUCCGGAAUAGCAACUUUGGAUCCGGAGUUAUAACUUUACAUCCGGAGUAAUAACUUUGGACCCAGAGUAAAAACUUUGGAUCCGGAGAAAUAACUUUGGAUUUAGAGUAAAAACUUUGGAUCCGGAGUAAUAACUUUGGAUCCAGAGUUAUAACUUUGGAUCCAGAAUAGUAACUUUGGAUCCAGAGUUAUAACUUUGGAUUUAGAGUAAUAACUUUGAAUCUGGAGUAAUAACUUUGAAUCCAGAGUAAAAACUUUGGAUCCAGAGUUAUAACCUUGGAUCCAGAAUAGUAACUUUGGAUUUAGAGUAAUAACUUUGGAUCCAGAGUUAAAACUUCGGAUCCAGAGUUAUAACUUUGGAUCCGGAAUAGUAACUUUGGAUCCGGAAUGAUUACUUUGAAUCCGGAGUAACAACUUUGGGGAAAAGAGCUAUGCCGAAUAAUGAAAUUCAUGUUGGCUGGAUAAAAACUUUGGAUCCAAAGCAAAAGUCUUUAUUUUAGUGCAUUCUUUUACUUUGCUUAUAAUGCCACUUACGGGCCACCGUACAUUAGCGCGAAAAAGCGAACAUUUGUGUAUAAAUCAUAUCCAAUAACGAUUUUUGCAUUUUAAUCAACAUUCAAUAACAUUUUUGGGCAUUCAUUAGCGUCAUUGGGCAUACAAAAGAUAAAAAUAUACUUUCAUUAACGCCAAUAUUCGAGUCAUUAACAUUAUCUUGAAAAUCAUUAGGCAAUAAUAGAGAAACCUUUAAGUGCAAUGCUAUUCAUUAACAUUUUUAUGACACUGUUUGCAAUUCAACAGCAUUCCUGGACAGCUUUAAAAUGGAUAAGACAAACAUAAAUGCGCUUGUACAAUCAAUUGAGCGUUCUUUACAUUUAAUGUAAAAAAAUCUAUUUUCAAUUAAACAAUACCAACCCCCCUCCCAAAAUACUGGAUAAAACAUCCUUCAAAAAUUAAUGGUGGUUGUUUUACAUGAGUUUUAAUGCUGUAUUACAAUCGUGGUUAUUGUGAUAAUUAUUUUAUCUUUCAAGUUCAAGCUAAGUUUAGUUUCUUUUCUUUUGUUUUUGUGUAUACUUGCAGUGUCUGUGUUGUGGCUUACAGUAAUUAUUUCCUUGUUUUAUAUUGUAUUAAUUUUUUUUUAUUUUGGCUAUAUCUUUUAAUUAACAAUAAUGAGGUUUAUACAAAGGAAGAUAAAAUUUAGACCAAGGACAAAAUUGAACCAUAACAUAUGCUUGAUAAGCACAAAGAAAAGGAAAAUAAAAUUUGAACCAAGACGAAGUUAAUAAGAAUCACAAUGGUUGUAUGAUCAAGGAACAAACUCAUUACCUUAAUACUCAUGAUUUGUGAUUCUUGACUUUCAACUAAACCCUUGUGAAUGAACUGGGACAAAAUGUUGCACUGUGAAUGAGACUGGAUGAAAGGACUGAGAUGGCCUAGGGUUAUUAGAUUCAGUGUAUGGUGUAGUAAAAUGCCAACUGUAACUAUAUGACUGUAGCACAGACUGGACAUCAUUGUUCUUUACUUACAUGUACUGUGAAAAACUUAAGGAACUGUGUGGACAUACAGUAGCCUGAGUUCAUUAACUGGGAUUGCUACUCCCAUGUUUUUUUUCAUUAUAAAUAGAAUUAUGAGUAUUCUUCUGAGGACCUGGCAGACUAUGGGGAGAUUGGAAGAGGAGCUUAUGGCACGGUGAAUAAGAUGUUACACAAAGAAAGCGAUACUUACAUGGCAGUGAAGGUAAUAAUAAUAGUGAUAAUGUAAUAAUAAUAGUUAAUAGAGUAUGAUCGUCCGGGUGAACGUAGUCCUUAAUAGGGCUGUUGUUGACAGUGACUGACAUUUCGACAACCUAUGUGGUAUUCAUCUUUAGAGUCAAAGUGAGGUGUAUCACAUCAGUUGGUGGUAUUAAACUCUGGUUAUUGACCUGGUUAAGUUGCAAUCUUAUUCAUGGUCAUCUGUCAGUUAAGCCGUACUUGAUCCAUGUACAUUGUAUUGUCAUAGUUAAACAGUCGUUUAUUGUUAGUCAAAUUGUCGGUGGUCCAGUCAUUCUGUCAUAGUUAGUUUUGCUGAGUCUGUCAAUAAGUCAUUUGUAUGGUGGCGGUAACUGUUUACAGUAACAAAAAAGCUUGUUUGUUGGAUACAGCCAAGAUAUGAAGAAGGAUCGUGGAGACUUAAGGAUAUAGGAUAUAGCUUAAUGAUUUGGGCAGACAAGACCACCAAUACCAUUGGUAUGAGACAUUAGCACAAUAAAUUAUGAUACACACAGUACCUCUUACUUGGAUCAGCCUGGUAACUGGUGGUUUGGCCAUCACUACAUGUAUGUAGUUGCACAAUGUGUGGUAGUCUUGAAGCAACUUCAGUGAGAGUUUAAACAGAUGCCAAGUUCCUCUCGUGACUAUUACAUCUCUCCACCAAGAAUUUUCAUUUACCUUUAGUGUGUUAGGAUCUUAAAAUAUAAAACAGAUCAACUGGGACGAAAGGACAAAGGACAUGUACCCUUAAUAUAUGUUAGUGAGUGGACGGUACCAGUUUACCACUCUUUCAAAGAAAUAUUCAACACACUGUACCAUGUUAAUACUCUAGCAUGGUUAAUAUUAUGUUAUUUUUUCUUGACUUCAGAGAAUUCGUUCAACAGUGGAUGAGAAGGAACAGAAGCAAUUGUUGAUGGAUCUGGACGUUGUCAUGCGCAGCAGUGACUGCAAGUAUAUCGUCAAGUUUUAUGGAGCCUUAUUCACUGAGGUGAUAACACCGAAAAAUAUUGUGUUAGUUUGUUUUUUUAAACCAGGCUUUUAUUGUUUCUGAAGGGGAAGGGUUGCAGCACAGAAGUUAGCCACUCACUGAAGCCAAGGGGAAAUUGAUUAUCUUAGUUGAUCUUGCUUUUCCACCUUUUUGCAGGGCGAUGCUUGGAUUUGCAUGGAACUAAUGGACACAUCUUUGGACCAGUGUUACCGUCAUCUCUAUGGUGUCAUUCAACAAUCUAUACCUGAGGAUAUUUUAGGAAUGACUUCUUUAGCAGUAAGUUACACCUCUCACUAUUGUAACGUUGCAGGAUUGACAGGGACACACUACUGUACUGAGAUGUGUGUGUGUGAUUUAUAUUCACACACACCAAAAUCCUAGGCAAAGAAAGUGUCCAGCUAUUUAGAAUGAGAGAUGCCAUAAAUUAUUAAUACUUUUCUGACAGCCAGAUUUUCUACUAAAAAUGAAGUUAUUGCAUCAAAGAACAUGCAUGACUAGGAGACAGAAUGGGAAAAAAUUGAGGUUGUUAUUUUCUUUCUCUAAUGGGGAGGAUCACUCUACCAUUGCCUCUCAACAAAGUUUUUGUCAUCUGUUUUAUGUGUUUAUUAAAUUUGUUCAAAAAUCUUGAAGGGGAGAUAUAAUUAUACAGUUUUACGCUUUUAUUUUUACUCCUUUGACAUGACACAACACUAUGGCAAUAGUGCUAGUGGUGCUAUCUUUACUGUGAAAGAGUUCCCCUACAUGUAUUAGUAAACACAUGUUACAUUCAGUAAAGCACUGAUUUUUUUUUUAAUUCUCAGGUUGUUAAAGCUCUGGACUACCUUAAAACCAAAUUGAAUAUUAUUCAUAGAGGUAAGCUUAAGACCUUGGAUUUCCUGCUCUGUAGUUGUCAGGACAUCCUGGUAAAUACGGUGUACUAGCUGUAUUAAAGAAAUAUUAUGUAUGUAGCUUACUUGUGUUCUCUCAUUGUGUUUAAUAAUCUGUUCAUGUUCAGCGGCAUAAUUAAAAAUGAAAAUGUCAUUCCAAUGAGGCCUUAAACUGCUGAUAAGAAAUAAAAUUGAGAUCCAAGCUUUCGCCAAUCAACUUCAUCAUCUUGUGUUUGUUCCUUUAGAUGUAAAGCCUUCAAACAUUCUCUUAGACCUUCAAGGGCACAUUAAGUUAUGUGACUUUGGCAUCAGUAGCCAACUGGUUGACUCCAUUGCAAAAACUAGAGAUGCUGGAUGUAAACCCUACAUGGCGGUAUGUAGACGAUAUUAACCCAGUAUGUUGCUCCCACAGUCAAGACUUUGACGUUUCACUUUCUCUCCUCCCCUCCUCUUUUGCUUUUCUUGCACUCUUUGUUUCUUUUGCUAUGAAUUUACUAGGUUUCAUUUGAGUGGGAAAGGUUUUGGGGAAAGCUUUUUGUAUUGUAGGAUUAGAUGGAAGGGUGUGUACAUGUACUAAUUACAUGUAUUUAAUAAUUAGUGAUAUUAAAAUGGAGCAGUCAGAAAGAAUGAAAGUAGUGUGCUGAACUGAAAUGUAUUGGAUUUUUAAUAUUCUUUUUGUAGCCGGAGAUAAUAGAUCCCAUGUCAUCAAGAAAAGGAAGUUAUGAUAUCAGGUCAGAUGUAUGGAGUUUUGGUAUAACACUGGUAAGUCAAAAGAAAAAUCAAUACAAGUUACAUCUAAAACUUAUUUUCCGUAGAUUGCUCAGAUCUUUAGUAAUAUCAAUUUUCAAGCUAAGUUAUAGGAAACCACACAUUAUUAACAGGAACUGCUUUUGUUGACUUUUUUCCCCAUAUCAAUUCAGUGCACAUGGAUUCUGUUUCUCAUCUAACUAACAGUGAUUUUGUAGCGUGGGGCCUGAGCCCGAGUUGGGUCGGACAUGCCCAGUUUAGGAGACCUACGACUCGUGUAACUGUUAUGCUAGUUAGUCUCGCUUGCUUUAGCAAAGCGAGAGUCUUAAAAUGCAGUUCGGUUUUUUUUUUUCGGUGGGACCUAGUUUGUAGGUCCCGCGUUCCUAGCGAAGACCGUGGAAACUGGGGAUAAGAAUCGUGACGACUUUCAUUGUAUGGAAAUGAGUCUCGUGAUGAGCAUGUGGUUUAUUUUGGGGGAUGACUGGAAUAACACGCAAUGUUUAUCUCGUUUAAGUGCUUUUCUUCCAUGUAAGAAAUCAGACUUUAUCUUUUUCGUUAAAACAGGUUACGUUUCAUGCUUAUAUGACAUAGUAAGUCGAUAAAAUCGUAAGUGCAAAACAGACAACAAAAAGUAAAACUGUAAACACGUGCCCUCUCUGAUCUUAUGGUAAUUUGGUUCUGACCUCUGUGACCUUCACGUGCGAAAAAGUAAAUACAGCUAAACGUGACAGAAAGAAUGGUUUUGUAAACACGUGUUCCGGGUCAUGGUAGCGCAGAAUCUGGGGAUGAAAAUCGACACGAUGCUCUCAAUCUCAGUGAACGCUUCGAAAAUCAACGCUCAAUUGUCCGAAUGUUAUGUUUUGAGACGAAAAAUUUCGAAAGAUUAAUUGAUUAUACGGUGAUGUCGCUUACAAAUCCACACACCAUUCGUGGUAGACCCACACUAAAAGAUGUCGAGCGUUUUCGGAAUUGUUCGUUCCACGAAUUCUGUCGUUUGAAAGCGUUGAUAACUUUGAAAGAAGUGAAUACAUCAGAUGUUGAAACACGGAAGAAUGUUCAUGAGCAGAACUUCGAUGAUGAGGUAAAAAACAACAAGCAAAUCGUCGUUAAUUUACCUGUCGUGUUCAACAGCCUGAUUCUUUUCCUUUGUUUCAUGAUGCUGGAUACUUAAUUGUAACCAACAACUUGAUAUUUCGUACAUCAUUAAUAUUAUUGUACAUGCGAUGAUAAAUGUCGAGGAAACAAAUCUUGGGCCGAUUUUCGAAUCUUUGAAACUAAAAUGAAAUUCAAUGAAAUUGCCUGAUUUGACUAACCUGAUCAAGAAUUCUUAUGUAUUUGCGAAAUACUGUAGGAAAACGGCAUAAAAAAGAAUUCAAAUUCAUUUUCGGCGACCGAAAUUUACGGCUUCGAGACAGCACUUCCGUUUCCUGUCCACCGCAACAGAUGAUGACAGAAAUGACGUAGUAAGCCGGGGGGGGUACUUUAGGAAUUUCUGGGUGGGGAUGUGCCGCUGGGACCCUGGAACCCUUAACCUAUACCAGAGCUAGUUCAGCUGAAUUUUGCUACCCUAUACUGGAGUAAACUCCCCAAAUCCCCCUAUCCUAGAGUAGCUGUUUCCCUUGUCUAGAUAAAAUCUUCAACCAACUGAUCAGUUUCCUGAAAAAUGAUACCCUAUUCUAGACCCAAACGCUCUGAUUUAUAUACCCUAUCCUAGAGUAAACUGCCUGAAAACCAUACCCUUCACAGCGGCACAUACCUAUAUAGCCCAUAUAUGACAGUACCCCCCACCCCCCCGGGGUAGUAAGGUAAAAGUGUUCAAGAUCAGAGCAAUAAAAGGAGAUGAUAAACCUACACGACUUUUACCUCAUGUCAAAAUGCUGCUCGUUCCAAUAAAGUUUUUUUCGUCUGCUGGGUAGAUUAUGCUCUGGAAGGUUCUACAUUUUCACUGAGUAAAUGUUAUUUUACCCGCAUGUUUCACACUGAGAGAUCAUGACACAUAUCGAUUUACUGUGGCUAUUAGCGGGGAAGAGCGUUGCGUGACGACAUUAAAAACGACUGUGUAGCAGACUAUUUUGAAGCAUGAUGGUGAAGCUUUUUAUUACGGCUGAAUAAGGGUUCCAAUUUUGUCCAAAGUAUCUUCUGGAUCUGAAUAACUAAGCGAUUUUCUUUAGUCCAUGAAUGUAAUGUUUUUGUGCAACGCUGUAUCACGUUAAGCCCAACUCAUUAGUUUUGUUUGGAAAAUCUUAAAUUAUUACGGGUAGUGAUUUACAAGUCGUGCGUACUGUUGCAAUAAAACGUAAUACUGAGUAGAGCGGAGGUACAAGGCAACUGUAAUAUCAUCACGACUGAGCCAUUCUUCGGUGGUUCCAACAAUGUUACCUCUUGCGUCUUUGGCUGUUCGUUUUGCGACUGGGUAGUGGGACGCCUUUACACAAGCGAAACCUGCUUAAAGACACCGAAGACUGUUGGCAUGUACACAACAAAUGUUCAGUCUUGAAAGAUCUUCACUUCACUUAAAACUCUGUUGCCUUCGCAUAGAUCUCUAAGAUCUUUAAAACUCCCUCCGCAGCUGAUGUUUUGAUUCUCGAAUUAGCAGCGGUCUGUUGCUUUUGCGUUUCCGGUCUCAUUCACUUCCGUCACCGAGAGAUGCGGUUCACAACGAACUAAGUCGCGUGGUACAAGUAUCCUCCCUUAUCCUUUUUUUUACUAGCCACUUCGCGCUUCGGUCGCCCUUCGGGCGACGGUCUUCCGUCACCCUUCGGACGACUAGCUGUGCACCAACGAGAAUAUAGCUUGCGGUUAUUGAUUUUCAAAAUGGCGAACAACAAAGUCGAUCUGGAUCAGGUAUAGCCUGCGCGCAGACGAAAUUAAACUCUGGUUAACUCCGUCUGCGAAACAGCGCCGAAAUCCUUGUUCUGGACUUCCAGCUGUGUACCCAGAUUUGAGUACGCGCCACGAUUGGCCAGUUAAAAAAGGCCUUUGUUUUGUUUGUCGUGAUCGCCAAUCAGGUUGAAGGGGAAUUCGAAACGCACUUCCGGUAAUUCGUUGAAUCCGUUGGGGGUCCAGAACAAGGAUCUCUGCGCUGCUUCGCAGACGGUACUAAUCAGAGUUUAGUUAUCGUCUGCACGCAGGCUAGAUCAGGUAAAAAGCAAAGAAAUCCUUUAUAGUAGAUUCAUAAAGAUCCCAUUGGGCUAAUUAAUCAUGCUAAGCGACAGGUAUAAACAUUUUUCGAGGUGAGACUUUAAAUAAUUAAUUUGUUUAUUCAAACGCAACUCCUCUGGACCCUGUGCAGUAGAUUGAAAUCAUAAUUCAACUUUUUCACUUGCUGUCGGUGACUCUGAGGAAUUAUGACGAACCCCUGGGGAGGACGACUCUGCAUACGAAAGGCAAGGGGAUGCUCGUCGGAAAUUUUGAAUUAAACCCCUACAAGAGAUCGAUCCGGGCGUAGCCCAAGCUUUUUUGACCCCUGAGAGACUGUUACUGAAAACUCAGACAAUACACGUAUUUUUAUGUUUUUUCACAUGUAACCCUAAACAAGACCUUCACGGCUAAAUAUAAUACCGUUUUGCCCAGAACACCGUAAGUGAGACCAAAAUCCGAAAUUUACACCCCGGCCUAAGCAAGACGACGAGCAUCCCAAGCCCUUUUAUAUGCGGAGCGCCCAACCCCCACCACACCCGAGUGACGAACGCUCGCGCUCUAUUCGCCUCCUCACUUCGUAUCUUAUUUACAAACAAGCGAGACUCAACGCUACUUAGAGCGUUCUUGUUUAGUAAAGUGAUUCGAACGCUAGCUGUGUUAGUUUUGUUACAUUUGGUGGCAGCGGUGGGAUUUUUGCCAUGGAAGAUACUGUGAAAGCUUUAGAAGAGAAAGUAGCGCUCCUCGAGGCGAAACUUGGAAAGAAAAGUGAAAGUAAGGCUGGUGCAAGCGGUAGUUCACCGACCACGUCGCCAGAAAACCCGCUUCGCAUCAAACCGGAGAGCUUCUCUGCGACGUCCAGCGAAAGUUGGGUGGUUUGGAUACGGAAAUUUAAAGGCCUUGCCGAACAGACCUAUUACAGCCUGACUGCCGAACAAACAGCCACGUGGACAGCCGUUGAACGCGCUCUGACAGAUCGAUUUCAUCCUAAGGAAUCUCGUCAGGUACACAUUUCCGUUCUACGAGCCAAAUUAAGACGUCCUGACGAAGAUCUACAUCAACUGAGGUGCGACAUUUCUCGUCUUGUGGAGCUGGCCUAUCCGGAUGACCCCCCGGAUAUACUCAAUCGCACGGCCAGAGAUUUCUUCGUGGGCGCUUUGACCCCUAUUAUAUUGCGAGAGAAGGUGUUGGAUUUGGGGCCCAAUACUUUGGAUGAGGCCUUAGCGGCAGCUCAGCGAUAUGAAUCAAAUCAAAAAGUGCUAAACAAGGGAAGUGCUCGAGUACUGUCUUCAACAUCUGGGGAGCAGGAAAAGUUUGGCCCCCAACAGGGCACCCAAGAACCCCCAGCGUGGGCUAAGGAGCUUUUCCAGCAGCAAGCUGAAAUCUUAGAGAAGCUAAAGAAUAUUCCUCAAGGGAGGCAAGGUAGGAAUGAAGGUGUAGAACCUGGACAAGGCCCCAGAGCGUGUUUUAAGUGCGGUAGCCUGUGUCAUUUUAUUCGUGAAUGUCCACAUCAAGUCCGUGCCGACCAGGGAAACGGGAGAUGGGCGGGGCGCAGCCGAAAGUGACCCCGCCCGAGAAUCUAAAGGGAGCAUUUUUGCCUUGUGAUGUCAAUGGCGUUAAGUCCUAAGCCUUAUUAUACACAGGUGCAGAAGCAACAAUUAUCAGUGAAGACCUAUACAGUCGCUCUAAGACACAUAAACAAACUUGAGCCUUCACUGAAGCCUGUCCUGGGGGCCAACAAUAUGCCACUUGAUGUGGUUGAAGAAACAGAAGUAACAAUUCAGCUGGGCGCAAUCAGGGCUAAGCAUAAAGUGCUGGUGUGCCGAGGCUUGGCACAGCAAGUGUUGAUUGGUAUAGAUUUUCUAACAGCUCACAAAUGUAUCAUUAACUUUGACACUAACACUGUCUACAGUAAGGAGGGACCCAACAGAAUGGUUUUUGGAUGCCUUGAUAGAGUUUACAGGAUCACUGUGGCCGAAACCGUCACAUUAUCUCCAAAUAUGGUCGCAGACAUACCUUGUGAGGUCCAAGGGGUAGAUGACUUAGACGAAUGUAUGGGUGUACUGGAACCAGCGGACAAGUUUUCAGAAAGAUAUUCAGCUGGGGCCUUUCGGACGGCCGUGACUGUGAAAGGAGGUCGAAUCCCAGUUCGUGUGUUCAAUUACCUUAACAAGCCCCUCAAGAUUUACAGGUGUAGCAGUAUGGGGGACCUCUACCCAUUAGCUGGCGAGGAGGAAUCACAGGAGGAAACCAAUGUGGGUGUGGGCUACAAGGUGGUACCCCCUGCGGCUUCAAAGGAAGAUGUUGAGGUUGGAUUGGAAGCUAAACAAUGUGGUGCGGUUUUUGUGAGGGACGCUGACAUUCACAGUUUAUUGGUAGAAGAGAUGUUCCCGAUCAGCAGCGAUUUGGUCGCGGAAGAGGAAAAACUUACGCAUUAUGAGGUGUUGUCCACUUACGCUGACUGCCUUUCAAAGGGGCCGUGGGAUUUAGGUACUGCAAAGGGUGUACAACAUACCAUCGACACAGGCUCUUCCAAGCCAAUCCAGGUACCGCCACGAAGAGUUCCCUUUCACAAAAGGCAAGAAAUGCGCAACCAAGUGGAUGAAAUGCUCGAAGCAGAGAUUAUAGAACCGUCCGAUUCCCCUUGGUCCUCUCCGGUGGUUUUAGUGGCGAAACCUGAUGGCAGUCAACGUUUCUGUGUGGACUACCGCGCUCUUAACUCGGUAACCAAGCGAGACUUGUACCCGCUUCCUCGGUGUGAUGACAUAUUGGAGAGUUUAUCGGGGGCACAGUGGUUUUCUCAUCUCGACCUCCUUAGGGGAUAUUGGCAAAUUGAUGUGGCAGAGGAAGAUCGGGAAAAGACAGCGUUCGCAACUCCGGAUUGUCUUUACCAAUUCCGUAAACUACGUUUUGGCCUUACGAAUGUACCUGCAUGUUUUAUGAGGGCUAUGCACCUUAUCUUGAAGGGUUUAUGCUGGUCAGACUGUCCAGUGUAUCUAGAUGAUAUCAUUGUUUUUGGUCGAACACUACAGGAGAAUAGGGAGAGACUGUCACUUGUGUUGUCACGCUUGACAGAAGCAGGCUUGAAGAUUAACCCCAAGAAAUGCAAGCUUUUGUGUGAACAGGUGGUUGUGUUAGGUGACGUCGUGUCACGGGAGGGCAUAUCUACUGAUCCAGAGAAAAUAAGAGUCAUAAAGGAGUGGCCGGAGCCAGUUGACGAGAGUCAGCUGAGAGCGUUCUUGCGGACGGCUGGUUACUAUAGACAAUUUGUGCCAAACUACGCCCAAAUUGCAUCCCCUUUGCACCGCGCUUGUCAAAAGGGGGACCGUUUCAGAUGGACAGCUGAGUGCGAGGAAGCUUUCCAGGACAUCAAGCACAGAUUGUCGAGUGCUCCCAUCCUGGCUUUUCCCCAGCUAGACGUAGCGUUCAUCCUGGACAGUGAUGCCAGUGACAGUGGGCUGGGGGCGGUGUUGUCGCAGGUUCAAUGUGGGAAAGAACGUGUAAUAGCAUACGCAGGGCGUGCUCUAUCAAGGGCUGAAAGGAACUGUAGUACCACCCGGAAGGAACUGUUGGCCCUCGUGUGGGGAACGGAGCACUUCGAGACAUUCCUUUACGGGCGACGUUUUCUGGUCAGGACUGACCAUAGUGCUCUGCAGUGGCUACGGAACUUUAAAAACCCUAGAGGCCAGGUGGCUAGGUGGCUUGAAAGGCUUAGUGACUUUGAUUUCGAGGUGGAACAUCGUCCGGGUCAGUUGCACGGCAAUGCGGAUGGAGUGUCCCGCCUUCCCUGGGACGAGGGUGCAUCGGUUAAGGUAGAGAGGGACGCCACCCUGAUUCAGUCUGUGAAUAUGGAACCCUGGUCGAGAGAAAGUAUACGUGCAGCCCAAAACCAAGAUCCUGUUCUGUCGCAAGUUGUGAGGUGGCUUGAAACUGGUGUCAGACCCGCUAGAGGCGAUGUGGAAGGAGGGGGGCGCAAACUUUUGUCAUACUGGUCACAAUGGGGAAGGCUGUUUCUCAGGGACGGUCUGGUGUUUAGACGUUGGGAACACGAAGUGACAGGCGAAGAGAUUUAUCAUCAAAUCUGCUUGCCCGAGAGCGUCGUGUCACAAGUGUUGUGCGCCUUGCACAACAAUCCUUCAGCAGGCCACCUUGGCGUCUCGAAGACUCUAGAAAAAGUGCGGAGGAGAUUUUAUUGGCAUGGCAUGCGGGAAGAUGUCGAAAUGCACGUGAGAAGGUGUGUCCCAUGUGCUGAAGUCAACGACCCUUGCAAGCUUCCAAAGGCACCCCUUAUAAACAUUAAGGCAGGGCACCCCCUACAAAGGGUUGCAAUAGACAUCGUAGGUCCCACACCAAGAUCUACCUCUGGCCAUGAGUGGUUGCUGGUGGUCUCCGAUCAUUUUACUAAGUUUGCUCAAGCCUUCCCAGUGAGAAACACCUCAGCAGUCACACUGGCGAAGAAGGUGAUGGAUGAAUACAUAUGCCGUUUCGGGUGUUUCGAGGGUUUGCAUUCUGAUCAGGGAGCCAAUGUGGAUGGAGCUGUAUUCAAAGGUCUGUGCGAUUUAAUUGACGCAGCGAAAACAAGGACAACGCCUUACCAUCCCCAAGGGGAUGGGCAGGUAGAGAGACUGAACAAAUCUCUGGUGAAGAUCCUUAGUAAGCUGAUUUCUGACCAUCGCCGGGACUGGGCGGACUUUGUGCCGAAAGCAGUUCUUGCUUACAACACUAGUGUGCAUGAGUCGACGGGAUUUACCCCUUACCGCUUAAUGUUCGGCAGGGAAGCUGUUCUGCCAUUGGAUGCUCUCCUUAGGCUCGAGACAACACCUUCCCAAGGGUCGGCACGGACAUACCCCGAUUAUGUUGUUGAGCAGAAGCAGCAAUUGGAAGAGAAGGAGCAGAUAGUGAGAGAGAACCUCAAGCGAGCGCAGAGGUCCCAGAAAGCUUAUUAUGACACCAAGUGCCAUGGUCAGCGGUUCCGUGUAGGAGACCGGGUUUGGUAUAGAAACCGAACCAGGACGAGAAGGAAGAAAUUCCUCAAACCCUGGUGUGGUCCUUGGAAGGUGGUGAAAGCUCUAUCUGAUGUUACCUAUCGCAUUGAAGAGGAGAGGCGGAAGCCGGGAAAACGUCGUCAGAGGAAGGUGGUCCACUUCAAUUAUCUGAAGCCAUGCUUUUCGCCACCUGAAAUCCACGAGAAGCCCUCACAGUUAACCUCUUCCAGCCAUGCGAAGAUACGCCACAAGCGGAGAACCUGAGGGACGGGCAGCAACCGUCUUGAGGAACCUUAGUUGACUCUGGAGAUGUCGAAUUGGAAUGGCUGGAAAAUCCAGUUGCUACAGUCACAGAGGUUUCUCAUCCCUUCCAGGAGCGUGAAUCUAGUGGUGAAUCUAGUGGUACAUUAAGUACAUCCUCUCGAACUGCUGACCUGCCGUGUCAAUCUGAGGUUUCUCAAGUGAGUGAUGAACCGCGUCGUGAACCGUGUCAUGCUGCGAGGCCGAGACGUGAGCGAAGGGAGCCUGUCUGGCUACGAGACUAUGUUAGAACAGUUGUUGUUUACCCAACCUGGCCCUUGAACUUUGUAGGAACAUUUGCAUGCCUAAGUUAAAAAUUCUCUCUUGUACUUCGGACCUUAUGUGGGAGGGGGUAGUGUAGCGUGGGGCCUGAGCCCGAGUUGGGUCGGACAUACGCAGUUUAGGAGACCUACGACUCGUGUAACUGUUAUGCUAGUUUAGUAAAGUGAUUCGAACGCUAGCUGUGUUAGUUUUGUUACAAUUUGAUUAUUUUGCAGAUUGAAGUUGCCACAGGAAAAUUUCCCUAUCCCAAGUGGAAGAGUGUUUUUGACCAGCUCACCCAAGUUGUGAAAGGACACCCACCUCGCCUGACAAAUGAGGAUGGAAGAAAUUUCUCAGAUGAAAUGCUUUCAUUUACCAACAUGUGGUAAUUGUUUUUAGUAAAAUUCCCUGAAAAACAAUUAAAGCUCCUUUGUUCUUUAUGUCUUUAGUGAGAUAAACUUUAGUUACAUGUAUUUGUCUUAGUUCACAAGUCUUAAAAGCAUGGUCUUUCGCUUAAAAGCAUAAUUGAAGCAUAGUCUAGAUUUGCCAUUCAGAUGAGUUAUCAGCAGGGUUGACUCAACUGGGCUUUUGUUCAAUUACUGCUUUUAAGAGGGGGGCUUUCAAAUAGUAUUCGACUACUUCACUUUAAACAACAAUCCCAGCUAUCUUACGGUAUCAAGGCGUAUUCCCAACCGUUGCACGAAAAGCUCCUCAUUUUUGCUUCCUUAAUUUCUCCUUCAAAUUCACGAACCAUUGUUUCAUCACAGUAUCUGGUAAACACUGCAACAUUUGCCAAAAAUACUCCACUUCGCAUCGUUUUUUGUAGCUCUCUCAAUGUCUGAUAUUCAGUGAAACACUCUGUCUCGUGUUUGAUUUAUCACUUACCAUUGUCUGGUUAUCAUAUCAAACACUCCUUUUUGUGUUUUGAGUCUAGCAAAAACAUUCUCCUUUUGACAUUCCCUAAGGGGCUGUUUACAUGGAGGGAGGACGAUCCUAGAAGGCGGAACAACUUUUCAUUGAGUUUAUGUGCAGACAUUUUUGUCCGUGUGGUUGCCAAGUAGAGAAGGAAUUAAAGAUGGCGGGUGUCAAAAGCAAAAAAUAAUAGGAAGAUCCUAGUACUAGGGACAAGUACAACCCUUUGCGUGUAAACUGAAUACCGAAAAUAUAUGGCACUAGAAUGAUCCACCUUUUUAGGCUGAAAUGUCAUCCAUCUCUUUGCCCCACCCUCCAAGAGACUCUCUCUUGCCUUGCCACCUGAUAGGGGGGAGGGGGGUACGGGAAAGAAAUGGAUGACAUUUCAGACUACUGCCCUCCAGGAUCUUCCUGGUGCUAGGGUCUCCCCCCUUCCACAUGAACAGCCCCUUACUCUGAUUACCUUGCAUUAAUUUCAGAAUUCUUUUUUAACUAGUUUGACAAAAGAUGUUACAAGAAGACCCAAGUACCGUGAGUUACUCAAGCAUCCUUUUAUCCUGAGGUAUAAGGAAAAACAAGUCGAUGUUGGAUCCUGGCUCAGCGGAGUUCUGGCGCAGGCGCCAUUGCCAAAGUUUGAUCAAUUAGAGAUAUGACGUCUUUAUACCGAACUAUUUUUGCACAGAUUUAAUGAUGUAAAUACAUAAAUGCCUUAUUUGAGCACAUUGUAAAAGUCACUUAGCAGCUAAAAGUGGUGGUAAAUAAUUUUGAUAUAUUUUUUUGGCUUCAGGAGGCAGUUACAUUGUGUAUUGAUUCGUUUUCACCAUGUGAUGCCAGAUCAAUGUAGGUUUCUGGCAAACUGACCACCUUUCCCUCCCCUGAGCCAACAUUUUGCCCUAAGCAAGAGGUAAGUGUUAAUGUUGGCUUAGGAGAAGGGUGGGUGGGCAGUUUCUAAGAAACCUAAAUUGACCCGCAUGCGCACAGGAGGCCGCCUUGGCUUUACGGGUGAUUAUAAUACCAUACUGACACAAUGUGACGUAUGGAAUUUACUUCGCACUACUUACCUGUAUAUCUGCAGCGUUGGAAGUGUAUUGUUGCUAAAACUGCUCCAUAAGUCGCUUGCUGAAAUGUUCAUUUGGUUUUUCUUUAACGUCACGAUUUUUAAACUAGCUAGGUAAGUUGUUCUGCUCACACUGUUUGAAAUGUAUCUCAGUGUCAACUUGGAAAAAUAUUGGAAGUGAAAGAAUAUAGCCCGCUAGCAAGCUCUCCAGGGCUAGAAAGAACCUUUUUUGCUAAGGAACAGAAACUAAUAAAGAAAGGAAUUUCUGUGAUGUAAGUAUGCCAGUGGUUCUGUAGACUAUAAGUUGUUUUUUAUAUACUUUGCCGCCUGUCAAUUUAUUGUAGCGUUAAAUAAAUAUUCCUUUAGUAUUUUACCUGGAAUUUUCCCUUUUACAGUUUCUCUGGUGAUUUAGCUAUUUUAAUUCUCAAGGAAUCUGUAGUCAGUCUUGCCCUUUAAGUUUUAUACAGAUAAAAUAAUGUGACAUGUCCUAAAGAGUAUAUUUUUGAUUUUUCGUGAAGAAUAUUCUGUACCGAGUGUGGUAAAUUACUGCAUUUGUAUGUACAGUGUAAUCCCAUUUGUACUCUGUAAUAUUAGAAAUCGUAGUGUUUAACUAAAAGAAGUUCGAAUAUAACAAUCAAGGAGCAAACAGGCGUAAAAUUACUAUUGAUAGUAAUCUAUUUGGACAAACUGAGGACGGUAAAUUUUCUCCGUCGAAUAUUGCACAAAAAUUGUGGCGAUCACUCUAUGAAGACAUGUUUUAAUUAA